UUUUCUCUCGGUGGUUACAUUCAUCAGCGGCUUUCCAUCAGUUGACGGACUCGCCGCUUUCAAAAGCCCAAGCGGUUUGAUGGUUUUGAUACGGCGUUCAAUGGAAACACCUUUUUCUUUGGGGCGGCUGUUUGAUGCUCAUCUUGUGGUUGAAAGCCCCCGAGGCCUGGAGGUGUCAUUCCCGCUCCCUGGUGAUGCCUGGCUCCUUUUGUUCCCAGGAUUUGGACCGUGGCACAGCUGGGGCUGCGGGCCCUGGAGUUUGCAGGCUGCAUGGUAAGCUGGACUUGAUGCAUGGCAGUUGCAUGACCCCAGCUGGUCUUGUUGUGGGACUAAGAGCGCACAGCUGCAACCAUGGCUCAAACCAUGCACGUGAAUGGCAAUGGCCCAGAGAGAGGACAGAGAUGCCCAAGCACAGAGGACGAGAAGGAGUCUGUGGCCCCCUAUUAUGUUGAAACCCCCUAUGGUUAUCAACUAGACCUGGACUUCCUCAAGUAUGUGGAUGACAUUGAGAGGGGUAACACAAUUAAGAAACUGAGUAUCCAGAGGAAACCCAAAGUGGCUAAACCCUUGGCAGUGCCUCGGGGCAGCACUGGCGGGGGCAGCACUCAGGCUGAAUGGACCUCCACAGACUCCCUGUCCUCCUCCAACAGCGACGACACCAAGCAGUCCCCAGUGUUCUUCAGCUCCAGGCCCCAGGUCGCCCCACCACUGACUCCCACCCUGAGGAGGGCAGCCGCAGCCUAUGAGCCUUCCCUGCAGCAGUCCUACUUGAGUGUCUCAGAGCCCAAGCAGCUCCUGCCACCUCAGUCACCCAGGGUUGCCCCUCGUCACAACCCCCAAGUGGAGAAGACCCUAAUGGAGACCCGUCGCCGACUCGAGCAGGAGCGUCUGCUUAUGCAGCCUCCCCACAGUGAGCCUCCUGUCCCCCGCCGUCGUCUCGCCAGCUUCGGAGGCAUGGGCUCCAGUAGCUCCCUGUCCUCCUUCUCAGGCUCCAUGGCCCCAAGCCAGAUCUCCCCAAGUGCCCAUCAACCUCUGCCCAUUAACGGCCACCUCCCCAAUGGAGAGUACAACCCCUACUACCCCGCUUCCAUGGGCAGCUCCAUCCGCCACAGCCCCAUGAGCUCUGGUGUGACGACUCCAGUGACAAAUGUCAGCCCGCUGCACCUGCAACACAUCCGGGAGCAGAUGGUGGUAGCCCUCAAGAGGCUGAAAGAGCUCGAGGAGCAGGUGAAAACCAUUCCUAUCUUACAGGUCAAGAUUGCUGUUCUCCAAGAAGAGAAAAGACAGCUGGCUGCUCAAUCCAAGAAUCAGGGUCUUUCUGGUGGCUUCCGUAAGCGCUCUUACAGUGUUGGCAGUGCUGACCAGAUGGAGAGCCCGGGUCCUGUGCAGAAGGAAACAGAGCUGCACAUUGUGGAGCCUGAAGUCCAGGAACAGAAUGCUCAGAGGUUGGAGGAGUUUAGGCGCUUAGCUGCCGAGGUCCAAGCUCUGGAGAAGACGACCCAAGACAAUAAUGGAAUUGAAAUUAGGCAAAUUGAACCCACCCUCACGCAAAACAAGGCUCACCAAAAAUCCAUUGGUGUUGUUACUGAUGAAAACAUGAACAACCUUACUGUCACUCAGAGAAAGCCAACAAGAGAACAUUGUUCUCGGGAUGCAGCGGUUGUGACAGAGCGGCAGGAAACACACAGCACUGGGGUUGGCGUGACCGAGGCCAUGCUGGGCAUGACCAGUGAAGCCGAGAAAGAGAUUGAGCUCCAGCAACAGACCAUUGAAGCCCUGAAGGAAAAAAUUUACCGCUUGGAGGUACAGCUGAAAGAAACCACUCACCAGAUGGAGAUGGGGAAGCUAAAACUGGAGCUUCAAGCAGCUGGUGGGUCAAAUAAGAAGAAAGCAGACAAAGGUUCAAUGGCCAGGCCUGAGAUGUACAGUGCCUGUGUGGAGGCCAAAGUCCAGAUGCACAACCAAGGAGUGGGUAACCACCUGGAGUUCAGUCAUGCUAGCACAGCUAAGACUCUACACACACAUACCAUAGGAGUGUCUUGUCAACCCAGUAUGCACAAUAUUGCCGUUGGCCCAGAGGUUCCUAUGGAGCGAUGGGUAGUCCAUGAAAAAGUGGAGGUGAAUGACCAGUGUGUGGGGAGACAAAUAGAGAUGUGCAACCAGAGUGUAGGCGUGGAGAUGAACGUUUGUGAGGUGGGAGUUAACACAGAGGAAUCAGUGGAUAGCUUGGCCCUUUGCAAACCUAUGGCAGAGCUGAGCAAGGAGUCUAGAUCAAUUGGCUGCGGAGAUUGUUCAGUGGAUGUGGUCAUUCGCCCUGUCAAGAAGCUGGUGUCUCAGGGAACCAACCCAGAACUUGUUCGCAAAGUGAACACUGGUGUCAUGGUCACUCCUGAGUCCGUAUCGCAACAAACCAAUACAGAGACAGAGGCUGUGAGCAAGGCCACCAACACAAAAACAGCUGUCCUGACUGACUCUUUCACAAACACAGUGAAAAAGAGAACUUCUGACAAACACACCAGCACGGUCGUGACCGAAACUAGGACCGUCGCUGCUGGGGAAGGACUUGUCAAAGACGUUCAUGCAACGAAGAUGCGUUCUGUUGCUGUGGGAACGACAGAUGUAGAGUCAUUCCUAGGCAAAUCAACCUCUGCUAAAACCAAAGAUUGCGGGGUGGGACCAAUUAGCGUUUAUGAGAACUUCUUGGUUGGCUUAAAAACCAGGAACAUAGCCUGUGGCCCCUCCCAGCCAACUGAAUUUGUCAAAAGCAGCAGCAAGGACACUACAGAAACUGCCCAGAGCGCUCUGACAGAAACUACCCAGAGCGCUGCGGGACUGGAUCACUACAUUGAGAGGGUGCAGAAGCUAUUGCAGGAGCAGCAGAUGCUACUAGCAGAGAACUACAGUGAACUAGCAGAUGCCUUCGGCCAGCCUCAAACCCAGUUUGGUUCCAUCAACAGCCAGAUAGUCAACACCCUUUCUUCUAUCAACUCAGUCGUUAAAUAUGGAAGCGCUGAGGACAUCCUGAAGCUGCAACCAGACUCUGUUGCCACAAACAAAGAUGGCAGUCUGCAGAGCCUUGGGACGGAGCUGUCGCAGGUGGAGACGACCUCCGCAGGCGGGGCUCCAGCAGAAAACCCGGCCAGCUCGCCUGCGCAGCAUCAGGAGAUCAGCGCAGCCGAGCAGAAGAACCGUAUGGACCAGCAGAUGUCCUCAGCACUACAUGGGCAGCCGUGCAGCCAGAGCACCCUGAAGUCCAUCAUGAAGAAGAAAGACGGCCGGCCCGGCUCGAACGGCACCAAAAAGAACCUGCAGUUCGUCGGGGUGAACGGAGGGUAUGAAACUACUUCAAGUGACGAGUCCAGCUCAGAGGAGAGCAGCUCCUCUGGGUCGGAGGAAGAGGAGGAGGAGGAGGAGCAGGAGAAAGAGUACGGAGGAAAGGAGGAAUACAGGAACGUGGAGGGAAAGACGAUCCGGGAGGAGAUCCAGCCUGAGGGAGCGGUGGAUGUGGACAGGAGGGAGGAAGAGGAAGGUCCGGAGAAGCAGGAGAGCAGAGAGAGGUACGAGCUAAGUGAAAAGAUGCUGGCUGCAUGCAAUGUUCUCAAAACUCACCUCGGCGACCCCAAAGCUGUGACCAGCAAAGAUCUGAGACUUUGCCUCAACACGGUGCAGCACGAGUGGUUCCGUGUGUCCAGCCAGAAGGCGGCGGUGGCGGCCAUGGUGGAGGACUACCUGCAGGCCUUCGGCGCCGUCUCGCCGGCCGUGCUGCGCCACAUCGUCAACAUGGCCGACGGCAACGGCAACACGGCGCUGCACUACAGCGUCUCGCACUCCAACUUCCAGGUGGUCAAGAAGCUGCUGGACGCAGAUGUGUGUAACGUGAACCAGCAGAACAAGGCGGGCUACACGCCCAUCAUGCUCGCUGCCCUGGCGGCCGUGGAGGCGCCCAAGGACAUGCGCAUCGUGGAGGAGCUCUUCAGCAAGGGCGACGUCAACGCUCGAGCCAGCCAGGCUGGUCAGACGGGGCUGAUGCUGGCUGUCAGUCACGGCAGGAUGGACAUGGUUCGGGCCCUGCUGGCUCAGGGGGCCGACGUCAACAUCCAGGACGACGAGGGCUCCACGGCGCUGAUGUGCGCCAGCGAGCACGGCCACGUCGAGAUCGUCAAGCUGCUGCUGGCCCAGCCCGGCUGCGACGCCACGCUCAGCGACAGCGAUGAGAGUAAUGCCCUGUCCAUAGCUCUGGAAGCGGGACACAAGGACAUUGCCGUGUUGCUUUACGCGCAUGUCAACUUCUCCAAAGCCCAGUCACCGGGGACCCCUCGACUCAGCAGAAAGACGUCACCCAGUCCGACUCGGAGGGGCAUGUUUGACUAGCGGUCCCGCCUCUGCCCACAAACCCUGCGCUGCUAUUGGUUCACGCUGACCGACGCCUCAUCCACCGCUGGAUGAGGGAUCCAGUCCCAGGCACCAACCAACCAACCAACCAACCAACCAACCAAUGAGAUUUCUGGAAGUACUUUUAUAUGCACACUUGCCUCCAUGAUGAGCCCAAAGUGCCCUUUGAUACUGAAUGUAACCAGCUGGUGCCUGAAGUCCAAAUAAAUAACCAAUCACCAGAGUCCAGACUGCCAUGGAGCAAGUUUCAGCUACCAAUGCCAUUUGAUUUCUUUUUUUUUUUUUUUCUUUUCAAUCUGACUACAAAUGUGACUUCUUUUCUUUUAAAUUCCUAAAGCUCUAUGUUGAUCAUUCAGGAGCACCGAGACGUCGUCAUUGUUAAUUUUUUUUUUUUUUUUUUUUUUUUUUUUGAGUGUUCAGAGCAUCACAGGAGAAAGAUGUGGAAUAACAAUCACAUUCACCCACAUGUUUAGAGUAAAUGUUCCCUGUAUAUAUUAAAUCGCUCUCUCUUUUUUUCCCGGGCCUGUAGGUGUGACUGUGUGUGUGUGUGUGUGUGUGUGCAGCGAGCACUCCAGCACAGCACAGCACAGCACAGCACACACAGCUCAUGUGGAUGAAUGCAUCAAUGAAUAGAUGUGACCUAGACUGGAGAAAUUCUACUUUUAUACAAAUACUUUGUAUCUAUUUAAAAGAAAAUCACAGUAUUUUGAAUAUUUCCUAUUACUACUUAACGAUCCAUGAAGUUAUAUAUUUAUCGAGGUAUAGUUUUUAAUGCAGAUAUAUGUAUUUCAUUGUAUAUACUGUGGUUGUUAGCUGCCUGUUAUCUUUUUUUUUUCUUGUCGUCUUGUGUCCAGUUUCUUUCCGUCUCCAUCGCUGAUGUGUAAUAAGCUAUCUGUCCUCCGCUAGUAUUCAACAAGGUACUGACUUUCAACCUAAAUUGAGAAUUGAAGUGCCUGAGACUUUGCCAUAUAACAAUAAACGCAAUUAAAGAAUUAUA